CCGCAAACGGGAUUUGAUUUCGUUGACAGGUGGUUGACUAACCUCGAACUUAGUGUACGACUUCUGCCUAUUAUAGGCUGAGGUUAGUAGGCAGUUAAUAAUUCAGAAGCAUGAAAGUUCAUAUGUGCCCCACUAUCUACGUAGAAGGGAAGAAAUAAGUCUCCCCAAAGACAAAAUCCGGCAAUUUUCCACAAAACUCCCCAACUCUUUUCGUGAGUCCAAUGGCAGAUUUCACAAGUCUCAAAUAUCCUCUCCCACCAUUCACCCAAGAAACCGCCCAAAUAAAAGUGAAAGCCGCCCAAGAUGCUUGUAGGUCCACCAGCCACCUCUGCUCCAGUUGCUUAUCUCACAACACUAGGGAACACACGGAACCCGGAAGUCAUAAAAUAUGCCUACACACCCAACUCAAUCUGGCGGAACCGGUCCACUUUCCUUACCGGCAGCGAUGAAAUCGUCACAUUCCUGACCCAAAAGUGGAAAAUCGAGAACGGGUACAGACUCAGAAAGGAAUUGUUCUCGUUCACGGAUAACAAGAUUGCGGUUCAGUUUUGGUACGAAUGGCAUGAUGAGGAAGGACAGUGGUGGAGGACUUAUGGAUUGGAAGAUUGGACGUUUGCACCUGAUGGGCGAAUGAGGAAGCGGAUGAUGAGUGGAAAUGAUGUUAAAAUUGAGGAAAAGGAAAGGUGGUUCAAGGAUGAGGUGGAUGUCAACGAGGUUGAAAUUUCAGAGAGGCAUUGGUAGUUUGUUGGCCAAGUUGUUGGGUCGAAAAGUACGUGCGAAAUACCUCUAUUAUUGUGAUCCAAAGCUUUCGGUAAUCGAGAGUAAGUUUUGUAAUGAGUAUAGGACUUAAAUAUGCCAUUUUUAGAGUGCUGCCAACAAUGUUCAUCUAAAAGUAAAGGGUGCCUAAAUAACAAGACUGUGUUGUAAUCUAUGUGGAAUUGUUUUAGGCAAUACUUUCUGGACUGGAUCUUAUGAUUGGAGAAUACUUCACUGAGAAGUACAAUGUUGGAAAGGCUUGAUUUGUCAACAUAUUUAAUUUCACCAACUAACCAACACCAACCAACUCAGUGUUCCUCGAUGUCUUCUUCCCGUCUCACCCUUUGGAAGUUCAGACCUCAACCCCGAAAAAUUAAACACCAGAACCAUGGCUUCGGACGGCAAUCUUGGAGUCGUGCUCGUCAUUGGAGGCUGUGGCUUUUUAGGAUCUAGACUGGUCAAAACAAUACUUUCUAGCCACCAGGAAGUCGAGAGUGUUCAUGUAAUGAGCAGGUCGCCAACACAAAACCUUCACCCUAAAGCCACCUACCAUGCCGGUGACAUUAAAAAUCACGACCAUGUUUCCUGCCUCUUGGAAAAGAUAAAGCCGACAGUUAUUUUCCACACCGCAUCACCAAAAUACACCGAUUCCGAAGCUCUUCUCUGUAGCACCAACGUCGAUGCUACCCGUGUUCUCCUUGAAUGCGCCACAGCCAGUCCGAGUGUCAAAGCAUUUGUUUAUACUGGCACCGAUUCCGCUAUUGUUCAGUCGCCGGGCGUCAGAUUGACGGAAGAAACGGCAAAACUACACACGGAAAAGAGUUCAGUGAAUGCCUACGCCAAGACGAAAGCCAUAGCAGAUAUCAAAGUACGUGAAGCGAAUAAUCCCGAGAAACUGCGAACAGCCGUGAUAAGGAUUCCGGGACUCUAUGGGGAAGACGAUGAUAAUUGUGUUGGGACGCUCCUGGGUAGCGUAAAGAAGAAUCAACACAAGAUCCAGCUUGGAGACAAUAAGAGACAUUUUGAGUUUGUGUAUAUUGAGAGUGCGUGUAUGGCCCACAUAUUGGCAGCAAAGGCACUUCUCAACGAGAAAGAGGAAACGAAAGUGGGAGGGGAGGCUUUCUUCAUCUCUGACGAUGUCAGCAUGCCCUAUUUUGAUUUUGCUCGAAAGAUAUAUGCCGGUGCAGGUUACCCAGUUGAGAAGAGCGAGAUAAAAGUCAUGUCAUACGAAAUGAUAUUAGUUUUGACUAUUCUGGGGGAAUGGAUCUACUGGAUCUUUACAUUUGGUACACGACGUCCAAGCCUGAAAAAGGAGGGUAUUGAAUAUCUUGCAGGAGGCACUCAGUGGGAUAUCAGUAAAGCUAAGGAACGAUUGGGUUAUCAACCUGUCGCUGAUCAAGACGCCAUUAUACGGAAGGUAGCGGAGUGGGAGGCAAAGCGUUUGGGAAUAUGGGCUGACAUCUAG